GCAAGGGGAGGAGGUGGUGGUGGUGGUGUUGCUCAGGGGAAAACCUUGUUGGAAAGGUAACUCGGAGAAGAUUCGCCUUGUGGGGGCGGUUUUGCUGGUCCUGCAUAUCCACCGAUAUAUAAGGGGCAGGAUAUCCGGAUUGUGAGCGAUUCUUCUCCCUACCCUUUGCACAGUCAAUACAAUCAACUUAAAAUGUACACCAAGUUGUCCCUGUCUUUCGGCCUCCUGGCCACGGCAACACUCGCUCUGGCCGAGCCGACCGUCUACCUGAUUCGCCACGGCGAGAAGCCCAGCAACGGGAGCACCGGCCUCAAUGCUGUGGGUUUUGAGCGGGCCGACUGCUUGAAGACUGUAUUCGGCCCGGAUUCCAACUAUGACAUUGGAUAUAUCAUUGCAGAACAACCCAAGUCAGAUGGGAAACGCGACCGCCCGUACGAGACGGUUCUUCCUCUCGCCGAGGAACUGGGGCUCACUGUCGAUACGGCCUGCUCGAAGAAGGACACCAAGUGUGUCAAGGACCUGGUGAAGGACUACACCGGCAGCGGCAACAUCUUGAUCUGCUGGGAGCACAAGGAGUUGGCCAAGAUCGCUGAGAAGCUGGGUGACGAUGAUGCGCCCACCUACCCAGAUGACCGGUUUGAUCUCAUCUGGACGGAUCCUUAUCCUUAUACCAACAUCACUGACAUCACGAGCGAGAACUGCCCGGGUCUGGACAGCUGAAGGAAAAGCCGAAGAAAAGAAAAGGCACUUUCCAAGUCGGAACACUUG